GCACCUAGAACAACCUCCAUUAUGUCAGAGUCUCUGAUAUUUGGGAUUGUACCAACCCCUUUUCGAAUAGAUAUAAGGACACUGAAGAAUAGGUCCCACAUCUUUACCUGGGUUCCUGAUAAAAACACCUUAAGUGCAAGUGGUCCAUCUGUUACUUGAGACUACACUACACAAGAUCAAAGGACCGAGCACCCUUCUGCUUUUUCACCUGAAUUCACUGAUCGUUGGAAGUGCCAAAAAAAAAAGAAGCCAUGGACAACAGACUGGUCCUCCUCACUGCCCUGCUAGUGACGCUGUCCUGGAUGUCUGCGGGCACCUACGUACAAGGUGCUGUAACAACUGCAGCACCAAAUGGAACAACUGCAGCACCAAAUGGAACAACUGCAGCACCAAAUGGAACAACUGCAGCACCAGCUGUAACAACUGCAGCACCAACUGCAGCACCAGCUGUAACAACUGCAGCACCAACUGCACCAGCUGUAACAACAGCUGCACCAAAUGGAACAGCUGCACCAAAUGGAACAGCUGCACCAAAUGGAACAGCUGGAACCAAUGGAACAGCUGCAUCCAAUGGAACAACUGCAGCACCAGCUGCACCAGCUGUAACAACAGCUGCACCACUAAAACCUAACUCAACAGUGACAGAACUUACGACACCGAUUAACAGGACAGACUGCGGGUCCGGGCAACUCUGCGCCGCUGCGCCCCCGAGCUGCGACCCCUCCACAGGUGGAGAAUGUUUUUUUCUGUCUGCCAAGCAGAUGAGCGGCAGAAACUUUGAAUUUGAACUGUCAGGACAGUCCGAUGGCUACAUUGCUGCCACCCUGUCACUCGACAGCACACUGGGAGGUAAUGACACAACCUACGUAUGUGCAAACAACAACGGUGUUGUUAAAUUCAUUGGAGCUGUCCUCGACAAUGACGUUCUGACUAAGAAAACACUGAUGGUGAACUCCGUGAAGGGAAAAAUCGCUGGGAAAAAAAUCCAGUGCACAUUUUCUGCCACUGUACCUGCCCAGACUGCUAGAGCAUUCCAAACUGCAAUCGGAAUCUCCAAUGGAACUUACGACAGCACUGCAGAGACUCUCGGGAAACCCAUCCAAAGAUUUACAAGUGGUGUUGUAGACCUGGGAAAUGCUAACGCCAAUGUCACAAAUGUGAUCACCAGCCAUGCCAUUACAAUCCAGCAAUCUCUGAGCCUAGCUCUGCUGUUCACUGUCGGUGUGCUUGGUCUGACCGUGCUAUAAGGAAACUGACAACUCCAAGAGUCCAGACAAGACAACCGUAACAUCAUUAUUUGUCUUAGUGAGCUACUGAAUAUUAUCAUCUCUCCGGAGGUUGACUAUAAACAGUAAAUCCAUCCAAGUUUAUAAGAAUCAUGCUUCAUUUUGUUUCAACUUACUGGCAAGUGAUGGCAGGAACGGUGGCGGGCAAUCAAUCUUCCCAGGCCUUCUAACUGCUCUCACAUCUGUGUAGGCUCUAAAACACAAAACGUAAAUUCAUUUGAUGAAUGUGUGUGCGAUCCAUUUAAUUUAUUUCUUUAAACUAUACAACUGCUGGAUUUUGGUCAUACAUGUAACCUAAUUGCAAGCAAACUCUCUGCCUUGAAUGAAAAUCAGCCUUUGAAUGGGUUCAGAUGAGAAGAAAUAUGCCGAUUAAAAUGAGUUAGAGUAAUCUAACAUCCAAUAAAUAAUCAAUUAAUAAUAGCACUAACUGGCAGCUUUAUAAACAUUUGAGGUUUGGGGUCUGGUUACCUUUCAAGCUAACAUAACUUCUGUCUGAGAAAAAGCCUUAUGAAUAGGUUACCCCAAAGUAACCCCUCGAAAGUCUCUUUAUUAAAAAUGGAAGCCUGGAAAAUAUUUGAUGGUAAAUUAAACUGUGCAUAAAUGCCAUUUAUUUUUGUCAAAAUGCAAAUGUUGGAAAUUGUAUCACAUGUAACAAUAAAUGUGGAUUUUUGAUCAAA